UGUUCAGAUCCGUGUGUCUUGUCGCAAACUCUUUAUAGUUUUACAGGUGGAAAAUUAAAUAAAAAUAAAAAAUGUGUUCAAUUGAAAAGUUACAAAAGCAUUUGGCUUUAAGUUUACAAUCCAAUUGGGAUACUGUUUCUGAUUUGUUUUCAGACGAUCCAGACAUUGUUAAUGAAACAAUAAAGAAAUUUAUUCCCGAGCAAGAGUACAGUGUAGAUAAAAUAUGUUUAAACCUUUUAAAUUUUGUCUCUAAUAAUGAUGUUAAUGCAUUAAAAAUUCAUUUGGAAGAAAUUUUUGACGAAUAUGAAAUUGAUGAUAAAAUUAAAGAAAUGAAAAUGGCAUUUAUGGAAUUAAUGUUUUCAUUCGAAACUGCAAAUGUUAUGAGCAAAAUUAAGAGCUUCCCACGAGAAAAUGAUGAUAAAAAUGAAACGGAAUUGAUUUUUUUACUAUUUAAUAAUGUUUUGUCUCAAAAGGAUGGUGAUCUAUUUAGAACAACUAUUAAAGCCUUCUUACCAGACUUGCAAGCAGCGAAUCCAGUUAUAAACAAAAUCAGGAAAUCAUUUCUAAGUGCCCUAAAUGAUAAUAAAAAUAAGAUCAAGUAUACAAUGUCUGGUGUUAUUUUUGUAUUUGUUGCAGAUGAGAAAAAUCUUGAAUUGGCAAUGAGAGCCGAAAACUUCACAUGCCACAUAGUUUUGUGCGGUAUCUAUAACACUGGUGUGAAAUUUAUUGAUGAAUACGGCUUAGAAUAUCAAAAUUGGAUUGCAUACAAAACGAAAAAUUUAUUACCCUCAGGUGUUAUGGUUAUACCAAAAAAUGGUGCUUAUACAUUCGACAAUAAUGAUGAAGUACUGUUAGAAGUUUCUAAAACUCCAGCAACCCAAAAUCUGCAUCGAGCGAUUGAUGUGCAUCAUAUUUUUGAAAAGAAUAGAAACAUGUUAACGGAUCUUUUAGCUGAAAAUAAAAUACCUGAGUUACGUGAAAAAAUUCAAGAUAUUUUUGGAUAUAAACCUGAAGAAAUAUGUUCGGAUGACGUCGAGAAUAUUACAAUGAAUUUAAUACGAUAUGUAUUCCUAAGAUUCAAAUAUGAAAGUGUGUUUUCGGAUUGUUUAGACAAGUAUUUUUCGGAGAAUGAAAUACAAUCGAAAAGGAUAGUGAUGCGAGAGGAAUUAUUACAGUUUUGGUUUGAAGCAGAGAAUGGUGAUGAAUUAAAGGGAAUCAUGCAGAAUCUCGUAACACAGUAUGAUAAAGAUGAAAUAACUGAGUCAGAAUUACAAUCAGAAAUAAUUAAUCUGCUAUUAAGUAAUAACGGCGAUAAUUUUUUACAUAAAAUAAAACUAAUGGUUCCAUCUCGUAAGCCUGAUGCAGAAACUCAACAGCGAUGUAAAAGAAUUAUCGACAACGCAUUGAAAUGUUUCGACCAGCAAAGAGCUUUCAGAUGUUUGAACUUUAAAUUUCAAAUGCGUUUGGUUUUGGUUUGUAAAAAGAAUUGCACCCAAGGUCUAGCUUCUCAAAAUUUUACUUGGCGUUUAAUUUCUGGAACGUCAUAUAAUGGACGUUUUAUUUUAUUUGAUGAUGAGCACCUUUUAUAUUCAUGUUGGCAGGACUUUUUGCAAAGUGUCAAGUUUACUGAACGCACAAUCAUCGCACCAAGAGAUGGUGAAUACGAUUAUGAUGAAAAUUGUAGAAUUGUAUUAGAUGUUCACGAAUAUGCUCAUAACAGUCGAAAUUUACCUUCCAAUGUUAGGCAACGAUCUGUUCGAGAGAUUCAACAGGACUUCGCUAAUAAUAGUGGAAUCGGCACCGAAAUUACUUGGGACUUUACACCCAAAGAUAAAAAGGAUGUUCUGAAGCAAAAAAUUAAAUAUCUUAUACCAGGCCCAGAGCUAAAGACAAAAGAUAUUGACGACAUAUUUAUUGCUGCAUUCCGCACAUUAUAUUUGUACGACGCGAGUGCAUUAUUAGCUCAGGUCCAAAAAGUCAUAACUAAUAAAAACGUUGAUGAACUUAGAAAUAUAGGAGAGGAAAUAAAAUCAUCUAUACAAAUUUUUUUUAAUGAGAGAUCAGAUUUGUACGAAGAAAUUCUUAAAUGGAGAGCAAUUUUUGUAACUGUUCUGAGAGAUAUCCAGUUAAGAGUUUGGCUUUUUGAAAUAUUAUUAUCUGAGUCAGAUUGUGAAGAUUUAAGGAAGAGAAUAGAAGCUGUUUUACCCAAACAAAAAGGACAGAAGGCCGUAGAAGAAAUGCGAGAGACAUUAUUUCAAAGUAUUUGGCAACAGAGAAAAUACACUAAUGGACAUUCCUUAACUUCGAUUAUAUACGUCUUAGUUACACAAAAUAAUGAAACAAAUACACAAAAAAUACUUUCAUCAACAGAAUUUUCUUGUCAUCCUGUUUUUCGCGCUCGGAAAUGUCUUUCAAAAAAAGCAUACUUACAAAAUUCAAGUUUAAAUUGCUGUAUGAUAUAUGUAGAUGAGUAUGGUCGUGUUUAUCAGAAUUGGAAAUCCUAUAUAACUGAUAAUGUAUUACCAAGUGGAAUAAUGAUUGCUCCUAAGUAUGGCUAUUAUACCUUUGAUAGAGCGAAUACAGUUGAAUUGGAAAUAUGUCCAACACCAGCGAAUUCUGUUACUAGUAAACUACUUGGUACAGCUGAUAGAACUGCGACAUGGGCAGGGUUUGCUGCUGUCGCUGUGCCUAUUGCAGCAUUGUGCUCUCUCCCAGUUGCGGCGCCUGUAAUUGCAGCUGCCGCAACAACUGGAUUAGUUACUGGCGCUUACGGCGCUAUGCGUUCUGGGUACAAUUUAAUUGACAGAAGCAAUCAUGAGCAAUCGGUAAGUUUGGAUGAUCGACAAGCUCGUGGGUCUUGGUUAGGAGUCGCAGGUGGAUUAAUAGGAGUUGGUGCAUCGGGUGCUACAAAAGCGAUGACAUCAGCUGCUGCCAUGGGAAGUGAAGUAUCGUUGGCCAAGGAAGUUUUAGUAAAUGGAAUGAAUAUAACUUCAAUUGUGGUUUCUGGAGGUGGCGUAGCAAAUGGAAUCUUGGAUAUUUAUUUGAAAUGUGAUGACAAUGAAGAAAUAUCUACUCUUGAUUUGUUGCAAUUAUCAGCGUCUUUAGUAUUAUUCACCCAUUCUGUAAGUAAUUUCCGAUUAGCGUCAAGCAUCGUUAGUGACACAAGAAAUGGAACUAUACAACAAUACCGGGAUGGACUUAGCAACCGCCAAAGAAAAAUCUUUAAUAAAAUGUACAAAGAGACAAUACGGAUUAAAGGCGAAACACAAGGCAAAUUGGAUAUCAUACGGACAACAAAUGAAAUACCCAACAAACAAUAUUUAAAUGAUUUAUAUAAAAUAAAUAAAAAACUCAAUCAGGCAAAAAUACGUCCAGCGUUUGGAGCACGAGGAGAAGGUGUUGUACUGAACAAUGAAAUGUCCGUAAACACUGGAGAAUUACGUAAUAGCGUUCAACACAAUAAAGGUCCAAAUGUACUUGGAGGUGUAACUCGGGGAAUACCGGAAUCACACGCAACUAUAUCAACAUCUUCAAUAAAUCAAGUGCGAUUUAUUUAUCAAAACUCAAUAACUAAGAAACGUGAUAUCAGCGAUGCUUCUAACGAUACAGUCACAUCUGCGACAUAUAAAUCUGCUUUACUAAUUUUGAAUACUGGAACUCCGUUUAAUUUUGGAAAAUUGUGCAAGAAAUUAAGUAAGGAAUUUUUCGAAAACAUUUCAAGCAAAAAAGAUUUCGAAAAUGUUAUGUUCGGAAUGGGCCUAAGUUAUACAGAAGAUGUUAUUGACUUUCUUUUGAAAUUGGCUAGUGACAUAAUCACUUCUAUUAGACCUGGAAUACAAGCUCAAAUAGGAAUAUUUAUCUCUACUGAAAGCGUUUUAUAUAAAAUGUUAGAUCAUUGUUUAACUAAUUACGAAUCUAGAUCUCUAAAAUUUUUACAAAAUCAAUCGGAAGUAAUUAAAACAGCUGUUAAAAGACAUUUUUUUUCAUUUAAUCCAAAUAACAGUGGAUUACAAUAUUCCUGUGCGACGUGUAGUGGUUAUUAUACUAAUUAUAGUGGCUAGUACCUCUGCAAAAAUUUAAUGGCAACAAAAUUUACUUUUAAAAUUAAAACAAAAAUGUUUAAGCUU